UUGUUAGUUUAGUAGGAUUGGUGAGCAGAGUAAAAUCUGUCACCUAGCUAGCAGCGAGCUAGCAUCCCUUCUUUGUCAUGUCAAGAGCAGCCACCCCAGUUGAGACACUGUACAGUUAGCGAGCAUAUAUCAAAACUCAUAUCUGAAAAAGGCCUCAAAUAUAGCUAAUUUGGGUGGAUUUCCGAAGAGUGAGAUGAAAUGACAACGUCAACGUUACAGAAAGCGAUCGAUCUUGUGACCAAAGCCACAGAGGAAGACAAGGCAAAGAACUAUGAGGAGGCAUUGCGCCUAUAUCAGCAUGCAGUGGAAUACUUCCUGCACGCAAUUAAGUACGAGGCUCACAGCGACAAGGCCAAGGAGAGCAUACGAGGGAAGUGUAUGCAAUACCUGGACCGGGCAGAGAAGCUGAAAGACUACCUGAAGAACAAAGAGAAACAGGGAAAGAAGCCCGUCAAGGAGGCACAGAGCAAUGACAAGAGUGACAGUGACAGUGAGGGGGAAAACCCAGAGAGGAAGAAGCUACAGGAGCAGCUCAUGGGGGCCAUCGUGAUGGAGAAGCCCAAUGUGAGGUGGAACGAUGUGGCGGGCCUGGAGGGGGCCAAGGAGGCUCUGAAGGAAGCUGUCAUCCUACCCAUCAAGUUCCCUCACCUCUUCACAGGUAAACGGACUCCUUGGCGUGGGAUUUUACUGUUUGGUCCCCCAGGGACGGGGAAGUCCUACCUGGCCAAGGCUGUCGCCACCGAGGCCAACAACUCCACCUUCUUCUCGGUGUCCUCUUCUGACCUCAUGUCCAAGUGGCUGGGAGAGAGUGAGAAACUGGUGAAGAACCUGUUUGACCUCGCACGGCAGCACAAGCCCUCCAUCAUCUUCAUCGAUGAGGUGGACUCCCUGUGUGGCUCCAGGAACGAGAACGAGAGCGAGGCCGCACGCAGGAUCAAGACAGAGUUCCUGGUCCAGAUGCAGGGUGUGGGCAACAACAACGAUGGGAUACUCGUGUUAGGGGCCACCAACAUCCCCUGGGUCCUGGACGCAGCCAUCCGCAGAAGGUUUGAGAAGCGUAUCUACAUCCCCCUCCCAGAAGAACCUGCGCGGUCCCAGAUGUUCCGUCUCCACCUGGGCAACACGCCGCACAGCCUGAGUGACGCCGACCUGCGGCAGCUCGCCUUUAAGACAGACGGCUACUCCGGCGCUGACAUUAGCGUCAUCGUGCGAGAUGCCCUCAUGCAGCCAGUCAGGAAGGUGCAGUCGGCCACACACUUCAAAAAGGUUCGUGGCCCGUCUCGUAGCAACAACACAAUGAUGGUGGAUGACCUCCUGACCCCAUGUUCCCCUGGCGAUCCCGCUGCCGUAGAGAUGACGUGGAUGGACGUGCCUAGCGACAAGUUGCUGGAGCCCAUCGUGUGCAUGUCUGAUAUGCUGCGCUCCCUGUCCACCACCAGACCAACGGUCAACACCGAGGACCUCUUCAAGGUCAAGAAGUUUACAGAUGACUUUGGACAAGAGGGCUGAGACACGCCCCCUACACCCCACCCGCCCCCUGGUCUCUCCCCCCCCCCCCCUCCCCGCAAGACUUCCUGUCAGACAAGUAGUUACUUCCAUGGUGGUUUUCAACUAACCUGCAUCGGCAAGAACUACCAAGUGUUUUAACGUCAAGUAUUUGCUCCCUCCCACGACACGGCCUGAGGUGGGCUUCCAGGACAUGGAGCCGUGCAUUUCUUUGCCAUCCUGCACUUUGUUCAGUAUUCAUAAAAGCGCUACUGAAGAGCUUAGGAGGAAAAAAAGUUUACAAAAAAAAAAACUUUUGUUCAAUUGUUUCCCUAAGUAUGUGUUUUUUAUUUAUUUUGUCUUAUCACAAAUGUCUGUUACUAAUCUUUUAAUUUGCCAGUUGCUAAACUACUGACUAAUGUAUUGACUGAUUUGUUGAAUGCGCUCCAUAACUUUCAUGGGUCCCCAGUGUCACAGGCCGUUUAAUUGAACACUUAUUUAUAACUAUUUAUUAUUUCCUUCACAUCUCCUUUUGUGGUCAGGAUCUAUUUGUAACUGUGAGAUGAACAGGCUAAAGAAGUUUGUUUGACAGUUGUAGUAUUCCUCUUGACGUUCAAUAGCUCCAGGUACUGGGCGUGAAGGACCUCAGAGCCCUGUCCUGUUGCAGUGUUGAAGAGGGUAGGCUCCACGUGUGUCUAUACCUUGCUGCCUCGGCGCUGUAGUCAUGGAGACUGACCAUAGUGUUGUGUUAUGGUGUUUGGGGGGCCUAUUUUGCCUGAAGUCAUCUCAUUUAUGCUCUGAAGAGACAAACUUCUUCACUGAGAAGACUACAGUGGAUUUUAUUGUCAUGGUUCUUCUACAGAGGAGGAAAGUGUAUGUUUAUAAGCAACAGUGUUUUUUUCCCCUCAAUUCUAAUUACAGUAUUACAUUCAA